AUGAAGAGGGUGCCAUUUGGGACGACAGCGAGCCCCUUUCUUUUAAGCGCUACCCUGCAGCAUCACUUCAAGUCGUUUCUGGACGUCGAUGGAAAGUUGGCUGAGUCGUUGCUCAAUUCCUUUUACGUGGACGACCUGCUCACCGGAGCUCCACCCGUGGACGAGGCCCUGGAUAUAGCUUACAGAGCACAAGAAAUAUUACUUGAGGCUGGUAUGAACUUAACAAAAUGGGCUUCAAACGCUGCCGAGAUACAACAGGCAUUGUCACCACAAGAUAUCAGCUGUGGUGUGAAGAGGAAAUCAUUUAACGAGCCCGCCCAGGGCAAGGUGCUCGGUGUUGUCUGGAAUCGAGAACUUGACACGUUCACAUUCUCUGGAGAACAUCUGUUAAGCAUCAUUAGAGACACACAACUAAGCAAGCGGUCGGUGCUACAGGCCUCAGCUAGGAUAUAUGAUCCGCUCGGCUUUAUUUCACCCUACACGAUCCGGGUCAAGAUCAUUUUUCAAGAACUAUGGAAGGCUGGACUACAGUGGGACGCUCCCCUACCGGCAGAUUUAGCGACCAUGUGGCGAUCCUGGAUUUCAGAGCUACCAGAGCUGUGCAGUAUAUCCUUGGAGAGGUGUUUGUUACCUGUCAACGGGACAGAAUACGUCUACGAGCUGCACGUAUUCACAGAUGCAUCACCACAUGCUUACGGGGCCUGCGCCUUUCUGCGAACGAAAAAUGAGUGUGAAGAAAAGAAAGUGCGGCUGAUCUUCGCCAAGACACGUGUCGCGCCGAUCAAGACGCUCACGCUCCCACGGUUAGAACUAAUGGGAGCUGUAAUAGGAGUACGAAUUGCCAAUUUCGUCAGAUCGUCGCUGGCGGUGGUAAUAAAAGGUGUGACAUUCUGGACAGACUCUACAAUUGCUUUGAGUUGGAUCAAGGGUGAUGCUACGCGGUGGAGACCGGUUGUAGGGAACAGAGUCGUCGAGAUCCAAGUACACAGCGAAGCGAAGCAGUGGAGGCACUGCCCAGGGAGUGAGAACCCGGCCGACGCACUGACAAGAGGACUUACCGUCAAGAAGCUAAUCGACGAGAGGCAAUGGUUCGAAGGUCCCGGCUGGCUAACACAGAACGAGGAAUUAUGA